GGCUAAAUAAGAAAAUAUAAAGUUGGGGACUAUUUUAUGGAAGUAACUGAGGUAGUCUGGGAGGGUGAAGCGGCAGAGGUGAAGAAAGUUGAAAGUGAAACAACAUCAAAAGCUGACAGUAAUGCAGUGACCAAUACUAUCAACAGGCCUUCUGCAGCCAAGAAGUCUUCUGCCGUAGGAAGCACUGCUCCUAAUCCAGGGAGCAAAGCAGGAAACAAGAAAGCAGGAAAAGCAAAGGAUCCCAAGCAAGGCAAUAUCUUAUCGUUCUUCAAGAAAGUUUGAGCAGAAUCAAGUGCAUUCUUCCUAGCCUGUAAUUUUUUGUUUUUGGUUGGACACUAGAUCUAAUCUUUGUUCAUCUACAAAUUUUGUAUUUUAAUGGGAAAUCCAAAGUAGCUAUAUUUGCCUCCGGAUUUGCACUUUCCUUUGCCAGGAUACAGUUUGAACAAGCUUUUGUAAAUAAUCUCUAUGAAGUUGA